GCUGUCCAGAUUUAAAUUGCAAUUACACCAAUUGAAUUCAAAAUUUACAAAUCAAUCGAUUAGACAUUAUUCCUGUUAAACCACGUCACUAUUCUUCAGGAAAUUAUGAAGUUAAUAAUUGUUAUCUUGUUUGGAUUUCUCUGGGAUAAUAUUAAUUGCUUUGAGAACCUAUGUAGAAGAAAUUCGACAACUCUUUUACUAAGUUCAACAUACAACAAUUUCUUUGCAACGUUAGCAAAUGACGGUAAUUUUGACACGACGGCAUCCUACUGUUCGCAUACUGACAUCAACAAAGAAAUUGCCUGGUUUCAAGUGGAUUUUGGAAAAUUGUAUAGCAUAUCAAACGUGAAACUAUAUUAUAGAAAAGAGGGUGAUGACGGUAUGCAGCCAAUAAGAUUUAGACAGUUCUACCUGGAUGUCUCAAACUCAUCAGCCACACAAUCAAGUACAAUACAAAGAGUACGAUGUUAUACUGACAAAACAACCGCCCCAGACGUACCUCGAAACAUCCUAGACACACCGUGUAAACAUACAGCACGAUAUGUCAUUGUAGAGACUACUUACGACGCCCCAGACGAUGGGUUAUAUACGGGAGCCAUGUUGGAAAUAUGUGAAAUAGAGGUUUAUGGAUGCGCGAGUGGCAAAUAUGGUGAAAAUUGUAUGCCGUGUCAAGGAUGUGAAACAUGUGAUAUAAACAGCGGGAAGUGUGAGGAGUGUACAGAUGGACGGCAUGGGCAUAAUUGUACAAGUAUUUGUGGACAUUGUGUGAAUGGCAAACCAUGUCAACGUGAAACAGGAGUUUGUGAUCUAGGAUGUGAUCCGGGAUACCAAACACUUUUCUGUAUAGAAGGUCAUUAAAACUUACAAAACAAA